AUGUUUCCAGUGGGAAAAUCCAGCUUGUUAUGGUUCCUAUGGCUCACUGCGGUGGUACAGGUGGCCUUUUGCCUACUGGGCACAGGGAUGCUCUACCCCCGGGAAUCUUCUUCUCGGGAAGUGAAGGACCUGAGCGGGCUUUGGAGUUUUAGAGCGGACAAGUCGCCAAACAGGAAUGAAGGCUUCGAAAAGGCUUGGUACAAAAGUCGCCUGGCUGAGACUGGCCCUGUGAUUGACAUGGCAGUUCCCGCCAGCUUCAACGACAUCACGCAGGACCCAACGUUACGAGAUUUCACUGGGUGGGUGUGGUAUGAGCGAGAGGUGGCUUUACCGACCCGCUGGGUGACAGAUGAAGGAACAAGAGUGGUUCUGCGAGUGGGAAGUGCGCAUUAUUAUUCAGUAGUGUGGGUCAACGGAGUGAAAGUGACCGAGCACAAUGGUGGCCAUCUUCCCUUUGAAGCAGAGAUAGGCAGUGUGAUCCGAGAUGACCCGACGGGCCCCUGUCGGAUCACCAUCGCAGUCAACAAUACUCUUACUCUGGAGACACUACCUCCUGGAAGCAUCCAGUACUUCAAUGACCCUACCAGGUAUCCUAAAGGAUUUUUUGUGCAAAAUAUCAACUUUGAUUUCUUCAACUAUGCUGGGAUUCACCGUCCUGUAUUACUUUACACAACACCCAAGGCUUACAUAGAUGAUAUCACAGUGGUGACUGACUUUAUGGAUAGCACAGGUUUAGUCAACUACAAUAUAUCAGUAAAAAAUGCUGCUGAAGCCACCUUUAAGGUCACUUUGAUAGAUAAAGACAGACAUUGCGUGGCUUCCUCCAGCGAGCCAUCCGGAGUUCUCAAAUUCACUGAUGUCAAACUCUGGUGGCCAUACUUGAUGCAUGAGGAUCCAGCUUAUCUUUACACUUUUGAGGUUCACAUGACGGCAGCAGAUCAAAGUUCAGCAUAUACAGAUGUGUAUACUCUACCAGUCGGCAUCCGCACUGUCCGUGUCACUAGCACUCAAUUCCUCAUCAACAACAAGCCCUUCUAUUUCCACGGCGUUAAUAAACAUGAGGACUCUGACAUUCGAGGGAAAGGCUUCGACUGGCCCCUGAUUGUCAAAGACUUUAAUUUGAUGAAAUGGAUGGGCGCCAAUUCGUUCCGCACGAGCCACUACCCCUACGCUGAGGAGAUUCUGCAGAUGAGUGAUCGCCACGGCAUUGUGGUCAUUGAUGAAUGCCCUGGGGUGGGCAUCAAAGACAUUCGUAGUUUUGGCAACGUCUCGCUGGCUCAUCAUCUGGACGUCAUGGAUGAGCUCGUGCGUCGGGACAAGAACCAUCCCUCAGUGGUCAUGUGGUCAGUAGCUAAUGAGCCAGCGUCAGAGAUGACUCCCGCUGAACAUUACUUCAAGACUGUGAUAACAUAUACUAAAGAGCUGGACCCGACAAGACCAGUGACAUUUAUCACAGAUAGUAACUAUGCCAGAGAUCGAGGGGCUCCCUAUGUGGACGUAAUCUGUGUGAACAGUUACUUCUCGUGGUACCACGACCCAGGCCACCUAGAGGUCAUCCCUAUUCAGCUCAACACCCAGUUCGAGAACUGGUACGGAAAGUACCAGAAGCCCAUCAUCCAGAGCGAAUACGGAGCAGACACAGUGCCAGGCUUUCACAGUGACCCACCCGUAAUGUUUACCGAGGAGUACCAGAAUGUGGUUUUGCAGAGCUACCACAACGUGUUCGACCAGAAGAGGAAGAAGUAUGUGAUUGGAGAACUCAUCUGGAACUUUGCCGACUUCAUGACUGUACAAGGGAUCACACGUGUGGUGGGCAACAAGAAGGGUGUCUUCACUAGGCAAAGACAACCCAAAGCAGGGGCGUAUAUCCUCAAGGAGAGGUACUGGAGGCUUGCAAAUGAAACUGGGAAGAUGCCUCCUUGGACCAAAUAUCCAUGUGGGCUCUGA